AUGGCAAUUGAUCGGUUGUCAUAUCCUACCACUGUUCUCUCAAUGGAAGUUGAUGGGGAAGACGAUAGCGAGUAUAGGAUACUCUUCCACGGUCGCAUUCUAUAUGUGACUAUCGCCCUAGGAACUCGGGAUAAUCUGACCGGCGGGCUGAAAACGUUGCUAUCUACUCGCGUGUUUCCCAGCGUCAAGUGCAUUUGGCACGCAAGCCUCAUUGACUGCAUGGAUCUUACGAAGACGAGAACAAUUUCGCCGAACGCGUUCGAAGUGACCUGCCCGCUGACCAAGUUGGGGGUACAGGAUAAAGUCAUUGCCAAGCUCGCCCGCUUCGAAUGGGAAAUACAAGGAAUAGAACGGGAGACUCAAGCCUACAAAAUGCUAGAGCGGCCUGGUCUAGCGCCACGGUUUGUCGGUUAUGUCCAUGAGCAUGGACGCAUGAUAGAUCUUGUGUUAGAGAAGCUCGAGGGACGUCAUGGUUACAUUGAGGACCUCUCGACCUGCCAAGCUCUUCUACAACGCUUCCAUGCCCUUGGCUUGCUCCAUGGGGAUGUCAAUCGCUAUAAUUUUAUUGUACAGCAGGGAUCCGCGAAGUUGAUUGACUUUGAGCAUAGCCGGCACUGUCCACGUGAGGUCGAGGCUAUGAAUACUGAGAUUAGCAGUUUCCAUGAGCAAUUGGUGGAGGAGCCGUGGCGUGGUGCAGGAAUUAUCUUCAAGGAAAUUGAAGUCCAUGAUAAUUGA